CUCUUCAAUAAUAUAUAACAAAUAACCAUUUACAUUGAAAGGAGAUCACAGUAGAAGAGUUGAGUUAACAUUGAAUUAAUCAUCAAGAAGAAUGAACUUUGUGAAGAAGUGUAAGAGGGUGUGGGGAAGCAGCGAGAGAAUGUGUUGUGGUGAAGAAGAGAAGAGUGGCAGUUAUGGGAGAUUAAAAGAGAAUAAGAAGAAGGAGAAGAGGAAGGUGAAGAAGGUGGAAACCAGUGCUCCUCCACAUGGUUGUUUCUGUGUGUACGUAGGAGAAGAAAAGCAAAGGUUUGUGAUGAAGAUAAAGCACGCGAACCAUCCGUUAUUCAAGGCCUUAUUGGACGCUGCUGAAACCGAAUACGGUUACAGAAAUGGACCACUCUGCCUCCCUUGCGACGUUGACUUGUUCUGCGAGGCACUCGCUGAGAUCCAGAACACUUCUUCUUCCGUCGGUUGUGCCUUUCAUCACACUAACAAACACUACUCUUCUUCUUCAUCUUCUUCUUCUUCUACUUUAUCCGCAUCGGUUUUCCAGAGUCCAUUGUCCUAUCAUUCUAAUCUCACUGAUUACCAGCUUCUCGUAUAGCAAUCAAAUCGUCAUCGCCAAUUACUUGUAGAUAUGAAUUAGCUUCAAUUCUGAGAUUGACAACAUAGAUCGGCCUUUGCAUGUGUCUUUGUAAAACGUCUUUUUAAUUAUACGAGAGAUAGAAGAGGAGCAUGUAUCUUGCACGUGUAUAAGACUCUUUUUGUUAAUUUUUUAAAAAUAAAAAUAAAAAAGAAAGAAGAAAUGACUUGUCUAUUUGCAUAAUAA